AUGCCCUGGCAAUCCGGCGGCGAAAACACCACUCCUAGGACCACGGGCUUCGGCGGCAAGAUGGUUGCGCUGCCUCUAUUCAAGCUUGCCUCUCUCUUCCUGCGGCACGUCUCCAAGUAUGGCGCAAACCGCAUCAAACACCAAGCACACGACCAUCCGGGCUUCCGCGUAUGGGCGGCACGCGGCGGCCAGGCCAUACAUCAGUUGAACAUGCGCCUGUCGGUCACGCUUUUGAGAGACCCCGAGGCCGAGCAGAGGGCCAGGGAGAAGGCCGAGGCGCCCACGGUCAAGACGGAGGAGCAGAUCCGGAAAGAUGAGGAGUUCAAGGCCAAGCACGGCAUGACCGUCGCAGAGGCCCGGCGCAAGAGACCCUAUACUAUCCUGAACGUAUGGAAGAGAAGGUUCAGGCCACUUCCAGAGGCCAAGGCCGUCGAUCUGUUCGCCGAUGUCAUCGGAGACGCCUUCAUACUCACCGUUGCCACCGCUCUGAUCAUAUACGAGUGGUACAGGUCGUCGUCGAAGCCGGAUCACAACGCCGAGAAGAUCAAGGAGCUCAAUGAAAAGUUGGAGGCACUUGAGAAGGAGCGUGAAGAUGAGCGGAUGCGCCAAGAGAGCAGGGUGCUGGCGAUGGAGCAGGCACUCCGAGCCUUCAAGGACCCAAAAACGAAGCAGCCAUUGCUGCCCCCGGCGCCAACGCCGGCGCCGGCACCGGCACCGACCACAUCACCAGCCGCGUGA